AUGCUGACACUGGUUGCGCGCACAGUCGACGCGGACGUCCUGCAGACCAUGAAGGAGCAGUAUAUCUUGAACUAUUGCACCGCGGCAGGUACAGCUUUGCUUCUAUACGACUACGUCGUGACACUUGGCCAGGAGAGUCGUUACAUCUGGAAAGACAUCCGUGCGGGUUACGCCGCGAUCUUUCUAGUCAACCGACUCAUUAUGCUGUGUAUGUUCAUCUACGGGAUAUUCUCCAUCUGCUCAGGGCACACUAUGGCGUUGCGAGAAGUUACAAACAUUCUGGGAAUUUGUUUCUAUCAGCACAUACAUGAUGUGGGCGGGUGCGCCUACGUCCUGAUGUUGGCUUGGGACUUCACCCUCAAGUCGUAUGCAGCUGUUUCUGCGCUCCGCGUUUAUGCCAUCAGUAACCGUACUCUGUCGCUUGCCGCUUUGACAGCAGCUCUCGCUCUGAUGCCAGCUAUUCUCAACGUUUUCCUGGCUGUCAAUACAGUUUCUUACGUGGAAAGCUUUGGCGCGUCAACAAUCUGUGACAUAGAUCUUACUGUCUCGGCACAAACUGACUACGAGUAA